GCUGCGUGACGACGCAAUGCAGACCGGAAAUUGCUUCCGAUGCCGUCAGCCUGGCCACUGGAUCAAUGAUUGCCCUCUCAAAUCCAACGCCGAUGAUUCUCCACCGUCGAUCCAGUGCCCUUGCGGCGGCGGUCUCUGUGAAAUCAAGGUCUCGAAAACUCAAAAGAACCCGAAAAGGAGAUUCUACAAGUGCCCUGCUGCUCAGGAUUGCAAAUUCUUCAAGUGGUGUGACAACGUAACCGAUGAAGAUAUCAGAUUCCGCCCUGCCUUCACCAUCCCCGAUUGCCCCUGCGGUUCUGGACCCUGCCGGAGAGUUACAGCCGAUUCCGGAUCUAAUGCCGGUCGAGCAUACUUGGUAUGCGGCAUCAAAGAGGGUUUCGGGGCUUGUGGAUUCUUCAAGUGGGAGGAUGAGAUGGCUCCGAGUUGUGAUGCAGUGGAUGAGAUCGAUUUCUGGGUGGAAGCUGAUCUGAUUUUGAGUGAUGUCGAAAGCAGCUUCCAAGCUGCUAGUGUACCGGAAGAUGCAAACCAAGUAGCACCGCUCGGGAAGGAAUGUCAAGCUUCUAUUAUUACAGAGGAGGAUGAUUCUAUAUUCGAAAAUUUGGAAUUCACGUCUGUUUCUGAUAUGCAUUCUGCUUCUGUGAACCAAGGCAUCCCUCUGUCUGAUUCGAUUGUGAUCGAACCUGAAGAGCAAUGGAUGAAGAGUCUACGUGGUGAUGAUCAGCCAACAAGUUGUGCUCUUUCCAAGCUGAGUGUGGAUGAAGCAAUGAGUGGUUUGGUCAGAGAUGCGGUCUCUAGUGUUUCCGUUGUGAAACAUGAAACGAAAAACCAUGAGCGACCUGUUGCUGUAACUAGUGAAGCUGAGUGUUCAUUCCCUAAUUUGCAGGACCUAAUCGAGCAGUACAAUUCAGAGAAGCUUCGAUUGGAGUGUGUUUCAGGGAAGCAUGUACAAGUGUUGAACGCGUUUAUGAGUUCAUACAGUCGACUAAGGCUGCUUCAUGAGAAAACUAGUCAUCUCAGGAAAUUGUUACUUGUAACGGAGAAAGAGAUGGCUUGUUGUGAGGCUGAGACAUUAGAACUUGGAGCAAGUUGCAGGGAAGUGGCUGGAGAAAUGGCAGAGUCUCAGAAGAGGAUGCAGGAGACAGCAGAUAAACUAGGAAAGGAAGUAGAAGUAUUGAAGCAAAAAGAGUUUGUUGAUAUGAAGAGAAUAAAAAGAUGAUCUUGCAUAUGAGUGUGCCAUUGUAAUUUGUAAGUUUUUGAAUGUAUUAAUACUCACUGGUUUAUAAUGUUGCAAGGUGAUUUAA